AUGUACAGCCAGCGCCUGUCCAUACCGGACUACUACUCUGUCCCCUCCUCCUCCGCAUCGGCGCCGUCUCACGCCCAGCCUGCUACCUUCGACACCUACACCACUGUGCCCCCCGUGUCUGCUCCGCCCGUCCAACACCGCGCCUCCUCGGGAGCUUGGACUGCUCAUGACGACCAGAGGCUUCUCCAGGCUCGUGCUCAGGGCCUCAACUGGGCGCAAAUCCAGGCCACCUACUUCAGCAACAAGACUCCGAAUGCUUGUCGCAAGCGUCACGAGCGGCUCAUGGAGCGCAAGGGCGCCGACGACUGGGACAACCGCAAACUCGAGCUUAUCGCCAAGGAGUACAUGAGCAUGCGAAAGGAGAUCUGGUCGGGCUUGGCCGCUCGUACCGGCGAGAAGUGGAAUGUCGUCGAGGCCAAGUGCAUGUCCAACGGACUCAAGAACCUGCAGAGCGCAGCGCGUGCCUACUCGAGACGGGAACGACUGGAGACCGGCCAGGCAUUACCACCAGGGUAUGACGAUGACAGCGGAAUCAGCGGCAUCGGGUUAACCCCUGUUGACGACCUAGACCCGUCCUACAGUAGCCCCGAAACGGCGUCCUCGGGCGGCCACUCGGUCAGCGGCGGCAGCGCGGCCUCGGUUGCGGGAUUCGCCCCGGCCUCCCACCACCACCACCACCACCAUCAGCAGCAGCAGCAGCAGCAUUUCAGCAUGCACCCUAUGCACUCGGCCGACUACUACGCCUCGGCGGCUACCCAUCACGGCUACACGAGCUCCGUCUCCUCCACGGCCUCCGGCCCCGCAGGGUACGCGACGUCCGGUCAUCACCAUCAUCAGCAUCAGCACUCGCAGUCGCCUAGCCCGUACUUGCACCCCCACGCGCAGAGGCUCCCGAGCGUCGACAUGGGCAUUGAUGCCAUCAUCAACCGACCUAGGGGAGGAAGGGGAGGGGGUGCACCACCGCCUAUGUAG